GGUGGAGUGUAAUUCAGACACCGAGAUUUACUGGUUUAAAACAUACGAAACCCACUCAUCAUAUCAAAAAGAUAUAAAAAAAAUAAGAAUCUCAUUUCAUCUACAAUACAACUAACGAAAGCGACUCCAACAGCAGCUUCUUCCUCAAUUUUAAUUGACAAAAUUCGAAUUCCCAAUCAAACCGAUUCGUAGAUUCAAAGCAUUCAUCCUGAUUUAACACCUCAUUCUCCGUUAGUUCAACCCACCCACCCCCAUCAUCUCCUCCAACAACCAUCAAUCUAAUUCAACUCUACAAACACUUCAACUCCACCUCACAACCACCACCACCACCACAAAAUGAAACUACUAGCCUUACACCAGAGCUACGCUAACCGCAACCGCACCAACAGGCUCCCGUUAGAUUCAUCCAUGGACGGACCUAACGCCGUUAAGUCUCCCUCCAACAUCUUCUGGUUAAUCCUACAUUGUUUAUGCUGUCUCAUUAGUCUAGUUCUCGGAUUCAGAUUCUCUCGUUUAGUCUUCUACUUAUUCUUCUCUACUUCUUCGAUCAACAACUUGUACACCUCCACUACGACGACGUCGUUUGCAUCCGCAUCCGAUAUCGCCCAAACGCUCUCGUUUACCACUUCCAAUGCUAAUACAAAUAAUAUUACCACCGGUGCUGCUGCUACUAGCAGAGUGGUGGUUGGGCGGCACGGGAUCCGGAUCCGGCCGUGGCCGCAUCCGGAUCCGGUGGAGGUUAUGAAGGCUCAUAGGAUAAUUGAAGCGGUUCAGCGAGAACAGAAGGUGCAGUACGGGAUUAAGAACCCUAGAAGUUUGAUUGUUGUGACUCCGACUUAUGUGAGGACUUUUCAAGCUUUGCAUUUGACUGGAUUGAUGCAUACUUUGAUGAAUUUGCCCUAUGAUGUGGUGUGGAUUGUUGUGGAAGCCGGUGGGGCCACUAACGAGACGGCUGCGUUGCUUGCGAAAUCGAAAGUGAAGGUGAAUGUGAAGGUUAUGCAUAUUGGAUUUGAGAAGAAGAUGCCGAUUUUUUGGGAGGGGAGACAUAAGGUGGAGUCUGAAAUGAGGUUGAAGGCUUUGAGAGUUGUGAGAGAAGAGAAGCUGGAUGGGAUUGUGAUGUUUGCUGACGAUAGUAAUAUGCAUAGUUUGGAGCUUUUUGAUGAGAUCCAAAAUGUGGAAUGGAUUGGUGCGAUUUCGGUUGGGAUUCUUGCGCAUUCGAGUCAUUCGGAUGAGGAUCCGUUUGAGGUUCACGGUAAAAAGACGGUGGAUGAAGAAGAUGAGAAGAAAUCACCAUUGGCGGUUCAAGGUCCGGCUUGUAAUGCAUCUGAUCGGUUGAGCGGAUGGCACACGUUUAAUACUGGUGUAUAUAAAGGAAAGAAUGCAAAUUAUAUUGGUGAUAUGGCAGUUGUGUUGCCGAGGAAGUUAGAGUGGUCGGGGUUUGUGAUGAACUCACGGUUGGUAUGGAAGGAAGCUGAAUUUAGGCCGGAUUGGAUUAAAGAUUUGGACGUGGUGGUGGCCGGGGAUGGAGAGGAUGACAUUGGGAGUCCUCUUUCUUUGGUUAAGGACGCUUCUAUGGUGGAACCACUAGGUCGUUGUGGGAAGAAAGUGAUGCUUUGGUGGCUUCGAGCUGAGGCUCGUGCGGAUAGCAAAUUUCCUUCCGGAUGGAUAAUUGAUCCUCCAUUAGAAAUGACAGUACCCGCUAAGCGAACACCAUGGCCUGAUGUUCCCCCUGAACUCCCAUCCAAUACCCAAAAGGUUAUAAGCAGCACAACCCAAGAGAUCACCGAGAAGCGUGCAACAAAAACUCGGACCCCUAAAUCAAGACGCAGUUCACGCGGCAAAAGAAAACAUGAAUCAAGAAAUGCAGAUGCACGCGUCACUGCUAGGAAUUCUGGAGAAAAAAUCAACUUGUAGAGAUAUUGAGCCAAUACUUAAAAUGCUGGCAAGAAACCUUGGUGAAGAAAUCUUUAAUACAAAGUAAAUAGGUGGUGUAUUUUUCCAAUUUUUUAUUCUAUUUCCGGGUUCAAAUUCCUUGGAUUUCCUGUUUGUGGUUAAUUGAUAUUCGGAGGGUGGCAUUCUGCUAUGGUGCUUGACAAAGGACAUUUUUGCCUCUUUUAUACAUGAAGUUCUCAUGAAAUACACGAGUAGAUGACAAUCUUAUUAUUGCAAAAUACCACCAUUAACAGUUGUUCACACAUUCAGUUUCCGCCGUCCUUUAGGUGGAUAUAGCAUGAUCCUGCGUGGAAAUGUUGUUUUGGGUUGUUCCAGUGAUUUUGUAAAUCAGUGUUUCAUUUUCUUUCA